UUAUUUUCAUGUGGAGAAUCAAUGCGGAACGAACUGAAACAGUUUUUGUUGUGCUUUUUGUGUUGGAAGAAAUUAUUACAGGAAAAACAAAUAAAUUAAAAAUUAACGUGAAAGGGAUAAAUAUAAAGAUAAAGUGCGGAAGUAAAAAAAUAAAGAGCAUUGGCGACAUCAAGAACUGUAGAUUUUUCCGGUCAAGGGGUGCUCUAGACAAGUGCUCGCCAAAACGACAAAAUCGCAAGCGAUAGCGGCUAGCACACAUUGAAAUCGGAAUCAGUUUGCUUGGAUAUCGUGUAUUUCUCGUACGACUAAAUAUUGGUCAUUUACAAUAGUGAAUCACGCAGUAACAAUAACAGUGAGCAAAAAACCAACCGCCAUAAAUAACAACAACAACCGUACUGUUUUAUUGGCAAUUCGGCAUAGCGGCUGUCGAUUCAGGACUGUCAUCCUCGGGUGAAGUACCACAAGGAAGUAGAUUUAAGUGUAAAUAGCGCAUUUAGCGCCAACAAAAUCUCCAGCUACUGGUGUGCCAUAGGGCUCUAAGUCCAAUAAUCGCGAUCACAUAGCAAGACAGACAGUUACUCACGCCUAUUUCGGAUUGCAUAUUUGUGCUAAUAAAGCAAAACUCAGAGAGCAAAUAAUAAGCAAAAGAAGGGCUACUAGUCGUAAUAAACUCCCAGGUCGUUGUACUUGCCGCACCCGCCGCACAUUUUUCACAAACACUCCACCAAUAAAAUGGGUCAAACACUUUCCGAACCAGUCACAGCCAAAGAGUCUGCGUAUUGCCAAAAUGAAUUGUACCGCGUCGGAUCUAGCUGCAUGCAAGGAUGGCGCAUCAACAUGGAAGAUUCGCACACACACAUACUAUCUCUGCCCGAUGAUCCGGGCACGUCGUUCUUUGCGGUCUAUGAUGGUCAUGGUGGCGCCACAGUUGCUCAAUAUGCCGGCAAACAUCUACACAAAUUCAUACUGAAGCGUCCCGAGUACAAAGAAAACAUUGAAAAGGCGUUAAAACAGGCAUUUCUAGAUAUCGACUAUGAGAUGCUGUACAAUGAGUCAUGGGGCGAACAAAUGGCCGGCUCUACAGCCGUUGUUGUACUUAUCAAGGAUAACCAUUUGUAUUGUGCCAAUGCUGGUGAUUCUCGUGCGAUUGCUUGCAUCAAUGGAGAGGUAGAGACUUUGUCUUUGGACCAUAAGCCAAAUAAUGAGGCGGAGACAAAACGCAUACAUGAGGGUGGCGGCUAUGUGGAGUUCAAUCGUGUAAAUGGCAAUUUAGCGCUAUCACGCGCACUGGGUGAUUUCAUAUUCAAGCGAAAUGCUAAUAAGAAACCUGAGGAACAAAUCGUAACUGCCUAUCCCGAUGUGGAGGCACGUGAAAUAACAUCCGAUUGGGAAUUCAUUGUGUUGGCAUGCGACGGCAUUUGGGACGUAAUGAGCAACAAAGAAGUCAUCGACUUUUGUCGAAAACGUAUCGGCAUGGGCAUGUAUCCGGAAGAGAUUUGCGAAGAAUUGAUGAAUCACUGUCUCGCACCCGAUUGCCAAAUGGGCGGCCUGGGUGGCGACAAUAUGACUGUUGUGCUUGUCUGUUUACUACAGAAUAAACCAUAUGAAGAACUGAUAGCACGCUGCGCUAAAAAUACCAACGUCAAUAGCGGCAGUGGCAACAUAACCACGUCAUCAUCCACGGAUGAGGAUCUCGAUCUAAAAUAACAAAACUUCAUCUUCAAAUUAUUCAACGCUGGCAGAGCAUCAGCAAAAACAGUAACGACAACAACACCAACAAUGGGAAGCAAUUUGAUGUUAGUAGACAAUGUAAUGACUAUUAUUCGCAAUAAGAAAACUAAUGUUAAUAACACGAGGAAAACUCCCAACCAACUGAGAAUUGCGACAAGCAUCAUUGAGAGCACCAAUUAUAUUUUUUGUAAAAUCUACAGGUUGCGUUACUUAAUAAUUGUGUUCCUUGUGUUUAUGACCUAUGCAUAUCUAUAUUUUUGUAUUUGAAAAAUUUCCGCUUUUGCCAGUUGCAACACCACACACAGCACCGCCACAUCGUCGGACAGUUAAAUUUCAAAAAUAUGACCUCUAUUAAAUGAAAAUAUGAUAUCAAGUCCUGUAAAAUGUUUAAACAGAUUUAAGUAUUUCACGAAAACUUGCACUGUAGACAAAUACACAUACACGUAGUCACACAUACACACACACAGUAACACACGAAACAUUUGAAAUAGCUAAUGCAACAAAUAAUGAAUAACUUUUUUGUUUAGCCUACAUUUAGAAAAUUGAACGGAAAAAUCUUGAAAAAUUUUUGUUUUAAUAAUUAAUUAUAUUGUAAAAUUAUACCUAAAUUUAAUGUUUGUGCGUAAGAGGUAGUCAACAUUAUUAACGAUGUAAUCCUGAACUAAAAGUAUAUAUUUACAACUACGCUGGCGUUCUGGCAGUAGUUACCUAACUGUAUGGUUCAAAUAAGAUAUUAUUUCGUUACAAUUUUUAUUUUGAAACACUUAUAAAUUAAUUUAUGUGUCAGGUCGAGAUGGGACUGAGAUGAAAUAAAAAUUUAGUUAUAUACUUUGAAAAAACAACAAAGAAAAAAACAA